AUGGUCUAUUACUCAGUGGCUAUGGUCGCAAGUGAUUGGCGAGGUGGAUGUUGCAGAUGGGUGGUUCGUCGAUUUCCGGGGCAACCACAGCCGGUCGAAUGCGAGGCGCAUGCAAUUUUUGAGGCAAUUUCUUGGGCAAGGACCAUUGGCUGGACCUCGAUAAUUAUCGAAGGAGAUUGCUUGCAGGUUAUUUCUUCCCUCAAAGAAGGCGAGUCAUCACUGUCGUCGUUCGGAGCUUAUAUCGAUGAAUGUUUGGCUAUAGCAGGUUCCUUUGUAUUUUGCAAUUUCUCGUUUGUUAAGCGUAGUGGAAACCAAUUGGCGCAUAUGUUCGCCACGAAUAUUAAUUUAAGCUGUAGUGAUGGAACUCAUAUUCCUCAUAAUUUGGCUAUUAAUGCCUAA